CAAAACACUCGCGCGCUUAAAGAUGGCGGAUGGGUCGCCCGACGACGGCGCCGACCCGCUAUUAAUGAAAAAAAUAACUUUUUCCGCGCCAGAUACAGGACAUGGUGACUCAAAAAAGUGCAGUGAUCAAACGUUUGAAGGUGAUAAAAUAAAGUUAUCAUUCUAUACGGAACUAAAAUCGUGUGAGAAAAGUGAUUCUGGCGGCGUGGCCGCGGAUGAUUCCGCGGCGGUUGGCUCCGAGAACGCUGAAAUAUCGUCUAAAGUACCCGAGGAGGACGGGGAAGACAGGAAGAAGCGAUGUUUCGACAGAUACGACAGCUCGGAGUCUUCUGACAGUGGCGUGGCGGUAUCGAGUCCUUCGGAGAGCGGUAGCGGCAGUAGCGACAUCACCGAGCCGGCGUCCCCGCGCAGCCCCGAGUCGAGUGGCGCCGAGGAAGCCGCUGGCGCGCGCAUGCCGCCCUGGGUCAGCGAACCGGCGCCGGGCCCGCGCCGCCUCCCGGCCCAAGCGCCCGUCCGCCGCUCCAACCAGUCCCAGCGCACCGCCGAACACCACCGGCGCAUCACCGAGUUCUUCAGCCACAAGAUGAAACCCCAGAAUGGCCUCAAGCGGGACUCCUCCACACUCAACAACGAUGACGCCAAGAAAAAGUGCCUCCCCAAAAACGGUGUCACCCACGACCUGGAGAAGUACAUCUCCUACUUGUCGUAUACGCUCAGCCCUAAAGUUUUACUCGACGUCAGUAAACAGAAUGCAGCCGAAGCGCAAAAACCGUUGAACGGAAUAAACGGCGUCAUUGACACAAAUAAAACGACGGGGCCACCUAAAACGACGAAUCCGGGCGGAAACGGGUUGAUAGAUUACAGUAAGCCUAAAGACAAUAAAGAUAAAAUUCACACUACUAUGAAUGGAUUUAUGGAAAUGAGGCAUGGGCCAGAGUCAUCCACCAAAGAGAAGUUGUCAAAUGGCCAUCUGAAUGGAUUCGUCGACGGCAAAAAGCAAACCUUCGACCCAUCUGCCAAUAGGGUAGCUCCCUAUAAAAAACAAAAUGUUGACUUGACCAAACGUAAAGUUCCGAUCCCAGCAUCUAACGAGUUAGUUGGUUUUAGAGUUAGUUCUACAACAAUGAAACCUAGAAAGUUAUUAAACCUUAAACCUGAUACCACGAAGAUGAACGGAGUGGUAAGCUCAACAACAAAACUGGAUAGUAGGAUGAAUGGUGUCACAUGCGGUUCAAAUAACUUAAGUUUAAAUCCGGUAACAAAUAGCCCGACCACAAAGAAGGAAGCACAAAAGAAAACUGCUCAGCCUGCUAAGCGCACUAAUAGAAAGUCAUCAGCAUGUAUAGCCAAUAGCAAGAACCUAACGUGGUCUAAAGCGAACAACCUUAAGCAGCAAGUUCAGAUACAGAAACAAAACAAUUGCGUUAACUCGCCAAGCAGCUCGGGAGUGCCGGAUGAAACUAACUCCACGCCAAAGAUCAACGUCCCAAAUGGAGUUAGACAAGUUCCGAUGACGAUGAACGGCAACAUUGGCAAUCUUAACGUGCCUGUCACCAAUUUCCAAAAUUGCCACCAAAUAAAUAUUCCACAGCCGUGUAAUGGUACCGUAACUUCCACUAAUUUGGGCCCGUUUGUUGCUGUACCGCAGAACGUAAUGCUCACCGCGUUAAGGAUACCACAUAAUGGACUUCCAGCGCAAACUUUAACCAAUCACCAACCAAAUAAUAUGAAUCCUUACAACAGGACAAACGUGAACGUGCAGAGCCCAACGAAGUUUGUGUUUCCUAUAAUGCAAAAUCUCAACGGCGCUGUAGUCCAAAUACCUAAUUUAAUGGCGAAGAUGCCAAAUUUUGUUCUUCCCCAAACAUCACAAUUAACUACACAAAGGCACGAUCCUUUACAAAACCAACAGGCACAAAUUUUAAUUAAUGGAACGUUACUAAAGCUUGGAAACACAAUGGCACAACCAUAUGCAAAUGUAAACAAAACAACAAUGCCGUCGACCAGUCAGUCUGGUGUUUCAGUCUUGAAUAAAAAUUUAACAGGGAUGUCGACGAUGGGUGUGACAGUGCAGCCGAAACCAAACUAUGCCGUUAACCUUAGCCACUCGGUACUAGUACCACAACCGGGCUUCAUAGUUACUUCUGUGCCAAAUAUGAAUGUUAAAGAGACUUGGAGUUACGCCAGUACAAAUCCAGCACCAUCACCUCAAACUUCAUGCUCUAACACGAUAGUGCACCAACCGCCGCCUAUGGUUGCUACCUUCUCCACUCCUACAUUACAUUCGAGUAGUAUUCCCAUAGCACCUGUCAAACCACCCGACAAUCCGAUACAGGGAACGGACCCGCCAAGCAGCACAGUUAAAGAACCAGAACAGAGCGAGGUACUUUUGCCAAAGUGUGAUUUUCCUUGGCUGUCCAAGACGUUCAACAAUAAUAUCGUCCCACUAGAUUCUAACAAAAAGAUGUUGAGGCCUUUCGCAGAAGUUAGUAGUUUAACAUCUAAAGUAGAUCACUAUUGCUCAGAAAAGAUGAACGAUGACCUGUUGGACCAAGAUGAAGCGGAAAAAUGGAAAGACAGUUCGAUGACAGACUUAAGAAAAGUCGAAGAAGUUGCUAAGAGAGAAGAUACUAUCUUUACACAAAUUACUGUCCUUAAGGAUGUUUCAUCUAACGUUCAAAGCGCUGUGAUAGAAGCCAAUUUCUGUAGCACUACCACGGAGUCUUCCGAAUCGGGAAUAGGUACAGGAUCAGACAAGUCAAUAGAUUCGCCAAGUGACUCACAGACGAGUAAAGAAUGUGACGACGACUCGUUAUCUUUAAGUAUUAGCAUUAGUUCAGUGGAAGGACAGAGUUGUCAGAAGAGUCCAAUUCUGAAGCAGCCGAAAACGUUGCGCUUUCCACCGCGGAAGCCGAUUAAAGCGAGCAGCGACAAGCGGACAUCCAGCACCGAUACCUCGGGGUCUGUCACCGUGUGUCUUUGGGAGAACUGCAAGCAGGAGUUUGAAAGCGACACUGAUCUCUUAGAACAUUUACAGUCGAUCCACGUAGAAACGCAGGCGGGCAAGGAAAAUUACGUGUGCCAAUGGGAGCGGUGUAAAGUACGCGGCAAGCCGUCCUGCUCCCGGCUGUGGCUGGAGCGGCACGCGCUGUCCCACGGCGGCAACAAGCCCUUCAAGUGCAUCGUCGACGGCUGCGGCCGCAGAUUCUCCACUCAGAUACUGCUCGAGAGGCACGUGAACAACCAUUUCAACGAGGUCUCGCCCAACGCCGGCAGCGGGAAGAAGGCGACUGACAGCGCGCCCAAACUCAUUCGUAGGAAUGGCAAGAAGCUGCGGUACAGGCGGCAGCCUUGGUCAGCGCGCAUGUUCGACUUCUUCGACUCGGGCGUGAUGGAGCGGCUGGCGUGGCAGCUGGCGCGCACGGUGCGCUGGCGGCUGGGCGGCGCGUGCCCGCUGCGCGAGCCGGCCGGCCGCCACACGCUGGCGCUGCUGGCGCGCUGCACCGCCACGCGCCGCCACCCCGCCGCCGCGCAGCCCGAGAUGCUGCUCACCUACUACCCGCCUCAUGUGAUCGAGGACGAGUGGGUGCCCGCCGCGGAGGUGAAGCGCAUCAAGCGCGUGGAGAUCGCGUCGCUGCCCGCGCACACCAAGGUGUUCCUGUACGAGCAGUUCUGCGCCUCGUACCGCCGCGCCGCGCCGCCCGCCCCGCCGCCCGCCCCGCCGGCCGCGCCCGCGCGCGCCUGCACGUCCUCGCGCCUGCUCAACGACCUGCUGAAGAAGAAGGACGGCGACUGCGGCGCCGGCGACGCGCCGCUCUACUACCCCGAGGAGCCCGCGCGGCCGCAGCUCAGCGGCGCCGGCAAGCGCAAGCAGGGCCGCAAGUACGGCGGCAACGCCUUCUGGCCCUGCGGCCGGUAGGCGUGCGUGGGCUGCGGAGCGAGCGACGUC